AUGACUAAAGUCAGCUCCAUCCCGAAGACCGCUUUUCCCUCCACCCACAGCCAACCAGAAGAGGGGUCCGAAGGAGAAGAAGAAGACGACAUGGCCAGUCAUUCGACGGAAGAUCCUUCCGAGACUGGCUCGACUGGCCUUCCUGAUUGUGGCGACUCCAUCGAUCUCCCUACAUUCGAACAGAUUUUGGAGAUGGACGAUGACGAAGAUGAGCGGGAAUUCUCCAAGAGCAUUGUCUACGGAUUCUUCGAGCAGGCCGAGGCAACCUUUGAGAAGAUGAUUGCUUCCCUGCGAGAACAAGAAUUGGCGACUCUCUCGUCCCUCGGCCACUUUCUGAAGGGUUCCUCCGCGACGCUGGGCAUGACCAAAGUGAAGGACUCUUGUGAGAAGAUCCAGCACUACGGCGCACAUAAAGACGAUGCCGGACAAUCUACAGACAUGGAGGAUACGGUGCUGCUGAAGAAAAUCAAGGCCACCGUGGCGACGGUCAAGGUGGAGUACAAGGAGGCGGAACGAAUACUCAAGCAAUUCUACCAUGAUCCUGAGCACUGA